CUAUAUUUCGCUGCAUCAAUGACCCAUACGUCGCUUGUACCAAUAUGGCUGCCAUUUGUUAGUAGCGAAUUUUUCUAUGAUUUGAUGCGCAUUUCGUAAAAAAAAGCUACGCUCGAUGCGUUUGCGUAGCCUUUGCGUUCAUGUGCCGUGUGUUCCAUAAUCAGUGCCUGACGAGUCCAGUAUUCCUCGUUGUCCCGAAGUGCCCCGCAUUUGAAGAGUGUCCCUCGCGGGUUUACGGGAUGCUGUGCGCGAGAAGUGAAAUAGAAACCCGUCACCAGCCAUGUUCAUCGAGUGUCUUUUUGUUGUGUGACAAGCCCGCGAUAUAACAUUCCCAUGCGACGCGCUACCUUGCCGAAGCGAUAUCGCGCGCGCAUCCACGCAUCCUAGUUCCUUCAUAGACGAUCUUUUCGUUCUUUCUUGUCUUGUCUCGUCUCGUUUUGUUUCGUCUUAUCCCGUUCCGCUCCGUUCUGUUCCGUCUCGUCUCUCAUCUCGUCUCGUCUCGUUUCAUCUUGUUUUGCCCCGCCUCGUUUCGUCCCGUUCCAUCUCGUUCAGCUCAUCUCGUCUAGUAGGAGCUUCCCCAUUUACCUAUACUCGCUGCCAUCACGUAAAGAUUAAAUGAAAGAGGGAGUAUUAUGGCAGGUCGGUAGCAACAGAGGUGAGGCGGGGUGGAGCUCGAAGGAGGGAUGAAUGGAACGGCAGCGCUACGACGCAGCGUUGGGGCUGGUGCGGGCGCCAUCAGUGGUGGAGCCAUUGAGCCAGCACCCAUCGCCACUCUGGUCGUAUACAAGGACGACGCUGGAUUUGGAAUGAAAGUCUCUGGCGACAAUCCGGUCUACGUUCAAUCCGUUAAGGAAGGUGGUGCAGCAGCAAGAGCUGGUCUUCAUGCGGGCGAUAAAAUAAUCAAGGUGAAUGGAGUCAAUGUGAUGCAAUCUACGCAUACUGAUGUGGUUCAGCUCAUAAAAUCAUCGACGCAAGUAGUACUGACAGUGCAGCAGAAACCAGUGACGUCGAGUGGCGCGGCAGCAGUAGCAGCGAUAGCGACAGCGACCACAGCAACAACAACUUCCGGUCUACAAGUUGGGGUGGUUGGUGUUACAAGUCAACAGCAUCCACGUCCGGUUAGUCUAUCGGCAGCCGGAAGCAUGUCACCCUCGCAGCCAGCGACUUCUCUUCACAGAGCGUCCACUGCACCAGCAGGCAGUGCUUCGUGCAAUACUCGAAUCACAGGCCCGCAACCAGUCGACCUCGAAAAGAAGCGGCAGUUGGAAACGCAGAGAGUUCAUACAUUCCAGCUUAUGUUGGAAAAAGAACAGAGUUACGUAGAUAAAUUACGGAGCGAAUUGGCAAAAGCUGGCACCGGCAGUAGCAGCACUAACGUUACGGCUCUGCAAGCAGAGCUAGCGGGUGCUGAGAGAAGAGUACGCACAUUGCAGGAACAACUCGCAGCGAUUAGCACAAAUGAACAGCUUUGUUCAUUGGUAACAAACACUUCGUGCUCCUCGGGUUAUUGUCCACCCUCGAACAACGGCAGUGGCGCAGACGUACCGCCCCCACUGCCGUCUCGCAAAUCCUUAUCCAUGCAAAGUCUCUCUCCACCGCCCUUACCUCCCAGACCUCCACCCACUAUGCAAAAUACAGUCCAACCGGAGCUGGACCGGCAUCUGCUGAUUCACUUAACGCCUUCAAGCAUCAAUCAGGGUAUUUCUAACUCUCUUUCUCAAGAUGCCAAUUUGAGCGCCUCGAAUGCGUUCAAUAAACAUCAACGAACAAAAUCCAGCCCGGAACAAUUGGGGACAACGGCAAUGUCUCCGUCGGAAGACAGUAGGAGUUUAAUCGCCUAUGAAUCAAUGAAUGACUUGUUACCUCCGAGACAUGACGGACAUAAUGACAUUGAUACCAAUGAAUUACCUCGUGUUACACCACCGGGAACACCGCCGCCACCGUAUCCUGCCCCCGUUUUAGGGCAAGACAUUUUUUCAUCUACAUUAAAUGAUACACUCGCAACUGAUAUCAUUCCUGGACUGCCAGCGUUCCAACAGCCAAUUAUGUCGAUGGAAGAAGAUGAUGUUAGCGAUCAAGAAAUCGGUCAAUUGGAAGAUCAUGGACCGUUCCAAUCUUUAUCUAGGCUAUGGGGACAUCAUGCACAUCUUGCUGUAUUUAUUAAUUAUGUAUUAUCUAAUAGCGAUCCUUCUAGUUUGUUAUUUUAUUUAGUAACUGAUUUAUACAAGGAAGGAAAUGCCAAAGAAAUGAAAAAAUGGGCAUAUGAAAUUCAUUCUAGUUUUCUAGUACCUGGUGCGCCAUUACGUCUACAUAAUGUAGAUGAGAUUGUCGCGAAUGAAAUUGACGAUGUCCUCUUGAAAGAAUCUGAUAAAGAAGAAAUUCUCAGAAAGAUAUUUUGGAAGGCACGUACUAGAGCGAAGGAAGAAUUGAAUGAACAAUUGACGCAUUUCCAACAAAAAAGAACUGCGGGAUUAGCCACGAUCUUCGGUCCGACUGAUAUCUCGCUUGACGAGAGCAUAUCUGAUAAAGCGCGCGAAACCAAAAUUAUUGAGACGUAUCUUCUGCCGAAAAUGGAACCUUAUUUGGAAGACAUAGAGAAAGAACAUGUGGAUUUGCGACUCUUCACGACGGCAGCCGGUCUGGCUACGAUAUUGAUAAAGAUCUUUCAGUUACGACCAGUAUGGAUCGAUCGAGUGCCUACCUUUGUUGCAAAAGAUAAAUCUAACAUCAAAGCGAGGCUGCUUACUGGGAAAUCGCGUAAGAUAACAAUCAGAGGACAUCAUUUUGUAGCGCAUCAGUAUUUCACGACAACUUAUUGCAAUCAUUGUCAACUUAUUAUUGGCGGUAUUGGUCCUCAAGGAUAUUUAUGUGAUUGUUCUCUCAGUGUACAUCGACAAUGUGUUCGUGUAAUAGAAGAAAGUUGUCCUGGUCCUUUAAUGCGAAAGGAAAAGGCCAAUGACAGAAUCAGUAAAUUGAUGGAGCGCAUUCGACCGGAAAGAAAACCUCCAUCAUCUCAUCAUCAUUAUCAUCAUCAUCAUCAUUCCCAGAAUCAUAUAUCGCAUCUUGAUAAAAUUAAAAAAAAUGAAGACGAUUCUGGUACAUUAACGGAUGGAGAAAAUGGUGAACAUCGUGCAGGUAACUUGGCUGGAAACAUUCGUAACAGUUGCGAGAGAAUGCGAAUUUCUAAUUUGGGAGGAACCAAUGAGCAUAUUGAUAAUAUGGAUAAUCCUUCACGAGAAGAUAUUUCCGAAAUGGUUCAGCAAAAUAUUUCCAGUAAGCCAAAGACGUCAAACAUCAACAGGUCUGAAAGUUACAAGGAACGGAUACAUCAUAAGCGACAAUUGAGGGAGAAGAGGAAAACCAGUGAUCCGAAUCUGUCUAAAACAAAAGUCGGUUCCAGUGAUUGCGAUCCUUCCGGCACAUUUCCCGGGAACUCGGCUGGUAGUUCAUCGAAUAGCAGUCUUUCAACGAGGAGCCUGGAUAGUCCUAGUACUAGUUUGGAGCAGGUGCAUCCAUCUUCAUCGGCGGCGAACGCGUCAACUUCGUGGGACAGUGAUGUUGACGUUGAGGCCGAUCCACCGGAUUGGAGUCAGGCUGUCUCCGAAGACGUUCUCGCGCAACUCAGUAACACUGAAAAGAAAAGACAAGAUGUUAUUAACGAAUUGUUUCACACCGAACGCUCACACGUUCGUGCAUUGAAAGUGCUUUCACACGUCUUUCACAAGCCUUUAUUGGAGUCUCAAGUGCUGCCAUUAGAUCAGAUACAAUUGCUUUUCUCUAAUCUAGACGAAAUGUUGAUGAUACACUCGCGUUUUAAUCAAGCAAUGAAACGGAAGAAGAAGGAGAACCCAUGCGUGAACGACGUAGGCGAUCUUCUGCUGGAAAUGUUUGAUGGCGAGGCUGGUGAGAUAUUCGAAAAGGCUGCGUCGACUUACUGUGCCAAGCAGCAAGUCGCCCUGGAUGCUCUGCGUGAUCGUCGACGUAAGGAUUCUAAGUUGAAUGCCUUCUUGAACGAGGUGGAAGCGAAUCCGUUAUGCCGUCGACUUCAGUUGAAAGAUCACAUACUUACUGGUAUGCUGCGACUCACCAAGUACCCAUUACUCUUUGAAAAUCUCGCCAAGUACACACUAGAUAGUAACGAAAAGGAGAAAGCGGCAAUAUGCCGCAGCCUCGAGCGUAGCAAGGAGAUCCUGAGUCGUGUGAAUCAGGCAGUGAAGGAAGCUGAGGAUCAUCAACGCCUUAUUGAGAUUCAACGAACAAUCGAUCGGUCAGCCUUCGACAAGUUCGACCAUCCAACUGUGCAGGAAUUUAAGAAUCUCGAUAUCACAAAGCGCAAGCUGAUCUACGAAGGUCCGCUACAGUGGCGACGCACUGAGCCGAAUCGAUCGAUGCAAAAUCGUUCGGUGCCGAAACCAGUCGAUUUACAUGUGGUGCUACUCGAUGAUACGAUCUUCUUUCUACAUCGGCAGGACGAUAAGUAUCUGCUCAAAUUUAUCAACACGACCAACCAGGCGGGCAACUCCGUGCUGAGCCCGAUUGUCAAGCUGUCCACCGUGCUAGUGCGUCACAACGCCGCUGAGAAGGAUUCCCUUUAUCUUGUCAACACUUCGGAAAACGGCGCGCAGAUGUACAAUCUGGUGGCGCCGUCCUCGGCAGAACGCAAGCUCUGGUGUACGCAUAUCUCCGAAGCUGUAGAGGCCUACAAAGCGCGCAGUCGUCAAGGUAGAAGACCGACGCCGUCGUCUAUCGCGCUAUCAGAGGAGCCGACGCACGCGAUGGAGGAUACGUCAGCUUCCGCAAUGGAGGCGGAUGACGUGACUAUUGAGAAGGAUCAUCUGCAGGAUCAGGAAUCUAGAGAUCUUGGACAAAGUACUGUCGACAUGCAAGAGCAUGACGAGGAAAUGCCAGAAGCCACUACCGCCGCAAGAACUCCUACGACUGAACACAUACAACAGCGAGUGCAAUCGACUGAAUCGCCAACGACAGGUAUGGCAGAGCCUCUACGAAUGGUCACAUGUACUCAGCUAUCAUUAAUAGAUCCAGUGGAAGUUCACGUAGAAGUACCACCUGUACAUGUCGCCGAACCGGUUCUUACACCAAUAGAACGCUUGAGACGUGAAGAUGAAAUAAUCAAGCAAGCUCUAUUCGAAAAGCAGUUAUUGAUGGCAGAUAUAUUAAAUAUCCCUAAAGAAGAUUUUGAGCAUGUGGCAGAUAUAGCAUCUGAACCAUCUACUGUGGAAAAAGAACCCACUGAACUCAUAUUUGCUGCUAUUAAUCAAACCGAUCAGCUGAUAGAAAAGCUGAAUUCUACAUUGAAUGUAAGCGAGACAGAAACAAUAUUUUCAUCGCGUGGAACAUCGACAUUAUCAUCUCCUGCGUGCGAAGCCACCGGUUGUCCUUCAGUACGAAGUCACUCGCAUCUUCAACAAUCAGUCAUGGGAAUGGUACAGCCGAUUUGCGAUUAUCUCACGUCUCAGCUCUCACAACUAUCACAACUCCUGGAGAUAAUAAAAGAAAGAGAAGAGGAGCGAGAAAAGUUGCGGAAGGAACUGCGUAGGAGCAGGGAACGUAUACACGCACUCGAUACUGAUGUACAGCGUCGUGAAUUUUCAGGAAUGAUAACGACUCACACGCAAACAAUGUUUGAUGACCUUGUGCGACAAGACAACUGUACCAGUGAUCUCGCUCAUGAUAGGACGGGCAUCAUUAUCCGUAAAUUUUUGUAUUUUCAAGAGUUCAGUGAUGUGUAUGGAGAAACUGCUGCAGACAGCGAAGAUGUGGAGAACCUUGAGCUUAAAGUGGAAACUGAAGUAAUGGGCGACAGCGUCGGUUGAGGCACAGCCGAAAAACAUUUUACCGAUUUUAUCCUUCUUGAUGCGGUGCAUUUCACGAACGGUGCUGGAACGCUUUUGCAUAACGGGAGAAAUCAAAAUUAUUUGUAUAGAAGAAUUGGAAAAAAACAGACGACGCAUAUAUACAUGCAAAAUAUAUUGCAUAUAAUUCUUUAUUUUGGACGAUACGUUGCACAAAUGCAAGAGGAAAAGCAAAAUUGUUAGCUGUUUUAUUUACCUUAUAAUUUUUUGAACUUUUGAAGAUAACAUACAUUACAUGCUAUUGCAUUUUUUAAUUUUUCAUUAUUUAAUGCAUUAUUUUGAAAUACAAGACAUAUCUCAUAAACCUAUUUUUUAUGUUCACACAUAAUCAAUUUCCUCACAAUAAUUUAUUAUUAUUUUCUGUAGAAUGCACAAUUCUAAAUUUUUUUGUGAAAUUUUAUACAAGCAAAUUUGUAAAUUACUAAUAUUAAAAUAAAAAUUUUCAACAUAAACCCAUGAAAAAAAAAUCGCUUGCUGAUGUAUCAGACAAUAUAUCUGCAACUUUUAUUACAUUAAUGUAAUAUAAUAAGUAAUGUAAUUGUUAUUAAUUAUAACAAAUAUAAUUAGUAGACGUAAAUAAAUAAUGUCAACUUUUUUUAAUAAUAAGUAUUUAUUAUCGAGUAAUUAAGAUAUCACAAUUUACAUUUUUUAAAAAUAUACACAAUAAAACAGCUAAUUUUUGUCUUAUUCCUGUAUUUAUCGAAAGAUUGAUCAAUAAUUAAUGCCAAAGAUUUUAUGUAAAUGGAUUUAUAUAAUUUUGCACUAAUCUCUCAAAUGCAACUUUUUGUACAUCGUUGUAGUGCGUUGCAAACCGAGUCCUGUGUAUAUCGCUAGUAUUAUUCUUUUUUAUAUAAAAAGUCCAGUUUGUAUGCAAAUAUAAAUAUUAAAAUACGAGAAAGAAGCAAAAAAA